AUGUAUAAAAUGGAAUAUUCUUACCUCAAUUCCUCUGCCUACGAGUCCUGUAUGGCUGGGAUGGACACCUCAAGCCUGGCUUCAGCCUAUGCUGACUUCAGUUCCUGCAGCCAGGCCAGUGGCUUCCAGUAUAACCCGAUAAGGACCACUUUUGGGGCCACGUCCGGCUGCCCGUCCCUCACGCCGGGAUCCUGCAGCCUCGGCACCCUCAGGGACCACCAGAGCAGUCCGUACGCCGCAGUUCCUUACAAACUCUUCACCGACCACGGCGGCCUCAACGAAAAGCGCAAGCAGCGGCGCAUCCGCACCACUUUCACUAGCGCGCAGCUCAAAGAGCUGGAGAGGGUCUUCGCAGAGACGCACUACCCUGACAUCUACACCCGGGAGGAGCUGGCUCUGAAGAUCGACCUCACCGAGGCGCGAGUCCAGGUGUGGUUCCAGAACCGCCGCGCCAAGUUCCGGAAGCAGGAGCGGGCAGCAGCGGCCGCCGCGGCCGCGGCCAAGAACGGCUCUUCGGGAAAGAAGUCCGAUUCAUCCCGGGACGACGAGAGCAAAGAGGCCAAGAGUACCGACCCGGACAGCACUGGGGGCCCCGGCCCCAACCCCAACCCCACUCCCAGCUGCGGGGCGAGUGGCGGCGGCGGCGGCGGGCCCAGCCCGGCAGGAGCCCCGGGGGCUGCGGGGCCCGGGGGCCCGGGAGGUGAACCCGGCAAGGGAGGCGCGGCGGCGGCGGCGGCGGCUGCGGCGGCGGCUGCUGCGGCGGCGGCGGCGGCAGCGGCCGGGGGUCUGGCUGCAGCCGGGGGCCCUGGACAAGGCUGGGCUCCCGGCCCCGGGCCCAUCACCUCCAUCCCGGAUUCUCUCGGGGGCCCCUUCGCCAGUGUCCUAUCUUCGCUCCAAAGACCCAACGGUGCCAAAGCCGCCUUAGUGAAGAGCAGUAUGUUCUGA